CGCGCUCGAAUCAUCAUGGCUCCCGCAUCUGCCGAUGGCCUCAAGGUCAUCAUUCUUGGAGGCGGUAUUGCUGGCCUCACGACUGCUUUGGCGCUCACCAAGUUCGCUCCAAAGGGACAAGUGCCCAAGAUCGAAAUCUUCGAGAUCCGCCCCGAGCCAGCGACGAUUGGAGGUGCUGUGAACCUCACACCAAAUGCCCUCCGCAUGCUCGACCAUCUUGGUGCUUUGCCCAUCAUCCGACAGCGAAACUACGGCAAAGACAUCGAUUACCUGGAGGUCUUUGAUAUCUACUCUGGAAAGCUUGCCGAGUCCGAUUUCCGCGGACCAGAAGGCAAGGGCAUUGGGAACCCACCAUACAAGGCACUACGAAUCACUCGUGGCGAUGCCCUGAAGGGUGUGCUCGCGGCGGUGGAGCAGCAAGAGAAUAUCACCAUGACCUGCGGAAAGCGCACGGUGAAGAUUGAGGAAACUGCAGACAAAGUCACAAUCCACUUCGAAGAUGGCGGAUCAGCUUCUGCCGAACUUCUGAUGGGUUGCGAUGGGAUUCACUCGGUGACGAGAUUGAAGCACGUGGAACCAGAGCGGACGGCUACUUACUCUGGUGUUGCCAACGCAUUUGGAUUUGCACCUAUUGAGCCAGACUUCAAGGUCCACUUCGAGUGCACUGCGAUCAACUUUGCUCGACGAGGCAUGCUUUUGUCCAGCUACCACUCCUCAACGGCCGAUUCUGUAUACGUUGGCGGACUGAUGCAGGUGCCCGACGUUGGAUCUCGAGAUGGAUGGAAGGCGGUGGGAGGAGAGGCUGAGAAGACGAGAGCACAGCUUCUCGACAGAUUUGGAGAUGCAAAGAUCCCUUGCAUCGUUCCGCUCAUCAAGAAGGCUCAAGACUUCUUCCUCUGGCCAGUGUACACAUUGAGCAAGGAUGGCAAGUGGUCGACCGACAGAGUCAUGCUCCUUGGUGAUGCUGCACACGCAAUGCCACCACAAGGCGAGAGUACGGGCAUCGUUUUCGAAGACACAGUUCUCUUCUCCCGCUUCCUUACCCGAUGGAUCGAGAAGGGCAGGACUACACCAAUGAAAGAGGCAUUCGAGGCAUAUGAGAAGUUCAGAAAGCCACGUAUCGCGAGCGCAUUUGAGGAAUCGAAGAAUGUCGUCAGCACCGUCUCUGAUGCCGGCUGGUUGGGACACACUAUCAAGACAUUCAUUAUUCCAUGGUAUCUGUGGUUCUCCAGGACCGGCCGCGAGAAGCAUUUCAUUGAGGAUGUCACCACAACAGAUAUCGGAUACUAGUCGUGAAAAUAUGGGCAAGGGCCAGACAGGGCAGGGCAACGCAGGGCGGUAUUUUGCAUGCAGCUCGCUUGUGAAUUUGGGCAACGCAAUGCAUUUUGGAUGGCGCGAGGAUACCUACCAGUGAUGAUAGAUCAAGUAGGAUUGCGGGUUGCUUGCAAGAAAUGCACAAUCUUUUGGGAAGUCAUGAUCAUUUCUCACGUCGAGUUCCGAGGAGCAAAUGUCACGUACUCUCGCGGGUAUGAAGAAUUUCGAGGAGACACGCUGGCUGCAGUGGUCAUCACAUUUUGCAUCUCAAGACCAGAAUCACUUGCCCGUCCAGACUACCUAAUUCACAGAAAUUGGCAACGAAGCCUGUCGUUUUAUUUCGGUGACGACACAACGCGCUUCUCGCGUGGGUUGGCGGGCAUCCGUCCGUUCCGUUACAUAAAAGUGGUUGUCAUGUGGGUAACGUGGUGGCGUGGUAGCAAAGCAUGUUUAAGGCUAGUAACAGGAGGUGACGAUCGCAAUCAUACUCACUUGGAUGGAGGUACACAAUGAGAUGUCUGAAGGGAUGGCACAAUGGUGUUCAUCAUUGACAAUAGUAAAUUCUCGAC